AUGUCUGCUGCUACUGCUAAUGCCUCUGCCACCAUUUCAGAGGCCACCGUUGAGACUCACUUGUUAUCAGGCAAGGAUUUAGUGGAAGGAAAUGUUGACUACAGAGGCCAGCCCGCGAAGCGAGUCAAAUCCGGUAGAUGGAGAUCUGCAUGUUUCAUCAUUGGGGUGGAGAUGGCAGAGAGAUUUGCAUUUAAUGGUGUAGGUGCUAAUUUGAUUACUUAUUUGACUGGCCCGCUCGGCCAGUCCACUUCCACGGCAGCGGAGAAUGUGAAUACCUGGUCAGGUACGGCACACCUCCUCCCACUUUUUGGUGCUUUUGUUGGUGACUCCUUGCUUGGCCGUUACCGUACAAUUGUUCUAGCUUCUCUACUCUAUAUUCUGGCGCUCGGGCUCUUGACACUCACAGCUGUCUUGCCCUCCGAGUGUCAGGAUGUGUCAAAACUCGGGGACUGUUCUCCUCAUCAGCUGCAAAUUGUCAUCUUUUUCGUUUCAUUGUAUUUGUUUGCUAUGGCCCAAGGGAUGCACAAACCAUGUGUCCAGGCUUUUGGAGCAGAUCAGUUCGAUGAAAAAGAUCCAGAAGAAGCUAAAGCCAAAAGCUCAUUCUUCAACUGGUGGUAUUUUUCAUUAUGCGUGGCCGUUCUGGUCACAUUAGUAAUUCUAACCUACAUUCAAGAAAAUCUUAGCUGGGGUCUUGGAUUUGGAAUUCCUUGCAUUGUCAUGGGUUUUGCAGUAAUCUUGUUUUUAUCUGGUACCAUGACUUACCGCUUUCGUGUUAAUAGUGACAAGAGGGACCCCUUUCUGAGAAUCGGGUUUGUAUUUGUAAAAGCAGCCAGAAAUUGGAGAAACUUCACUUCUUCCAUAUGCAUGGAGGAGGAUGGUCAGAGGGCUCUUCCUAAUUUAGGUUCUCAACAAUUCGAGUUUCUGAACAAAGCAUUGGCAGUAUCUGAUGGUUCAGAGGAAGGUUCGGAGGUUUCUGAUAUCAGCGAGGUUGAAGAAGCAAAGACAGUUCUUAGGCUACUUCCAAUACUGACAACAUGUUUGGUCUAUGGAAUCGUAUAUUCGCAGUCAUCCACUUUAUGUACCAAGCAAGGAGUUACAAUGGAUCGAUCCAUCACUCCAAGUUUUCAAGUACCAGCUGCUUCUCUGCAAUCAUUUAUUGUCAUCUCAAUCAUCGUCUUUAUCACUGUCUAUGAUCAAAUCAUUGUUCCUGUUGCAAGAUACAUUACCGGAAAACCAUCAGGUAUAACGACGCUUCAGAGAAUUGGCACUGGACUGUUUAUCUCAAUCCUCACCAUGAUCACAGCUGCUCUCGUUGAAAGCAAGCGUCUUGAAAUUGCUAGGAAGUAUGGACUGGUAGAUAAACCCAACGCAACAGUUCCUAUGAGCGUGAUUUGGUUGGUACCGCAAUACACAUUGUUGGGAGUUUCUGAAGUAUUUACGAUGGUUGGUUUGCAAGAAUUUUUCUACAAUGAGAUGCCCGCUGAAUUGAAAAGCACAGGUCUGGCCCUGUACCUCAGUAUACUCGGAGUAGGAGGCUUUCUUAGCAGCUUUCUAAUCUCUAUGAUUGAUAAAGCCACUGGUGGAGAUGGACAUGACAGUUGGAUUUCUGAUAACUUGAAUAAGGGACACCUUGAUUACUUUUAUUGGCUGCUAGCAAUCCUAAGUGCUGUGGCAUUUUUUGCUUUCUUGUUCACUGCAAAGUCGUACAUCUACAAUCGAGUUCACACCUAG